AUGAAGUUCUUGUCUCUUCUUGCCGCUGCCUCCACGGCGACGGCUCAUACCAUCUUUGUCCAGCUCGAUGCCGGGGGCAAGGUGUAUCCUGUCUCGCACGCUAUCCGGACUCCCACCUAUGAUGGCCCGAUCACCAACGUUAACUCGAAUGACUUGGCCUGCAAUGGAGGGCCAAACCCGACGAUGAAGUCGAAUGAGGUCAUCACCGUCCAGGCAGGCACGACGGUCAAAGCGGUGUGGAGGCACACGCUGACUUCGGGGCCGAAUAAUGUCAUGGAUGCUUCCCACAAGGGGCCGACGUUGGCGUAUUUGAAAAAGGUUAGCAAUGCGCUGACCGACACGGGGAUUGGAGGGGGGUGGUUCAAGAUUCAGGAGGAUGGCUAUAACGGGGGGAAUUGGGGGACCAGCAAGGUUAUCAAUAAUGCUGGGUUGCAUUAUAUUGAUAUCCCCUCUUGCAUCGCCCCGGGCCAAUACCUCCUCCGCGCCGAGAUGAUUGCUCUCCACGGCGCUGGUUCGUCUGGUGGUGCUCAGCUUUAUAUGGAAUGCGCCCAAAUCAACAUCGUCGGCGGGACUGGCGCCGUCUCGCCCAAGACGUACUCCAUCCCCGGCAUCUACAAGUCCAACGACCCGGGUAUUUUGGUCAACAUCUACUCCAUGACCACGUCCUCAAAGUACACCAUCCCUGGCCCACCCCUCUUCACCUGCGCCGGCGGCAGUGGAGGAUCAGGUCCGGUGACGACCCAACCCGAACCAGUGGUGGAGGUGCCGGCCCCGACCCAGCCAGAGCCGGUGGACAGCGGGUGUGAGGCUGCGCAGUGGCAGCAGUGCGGUGGGCAGAAUUAUUCUGGUUGCACCAGGUGCGCGGCUGGGUUUACGUGUAAGAAUAUCAAUCAGUACUAUCAUCAGUGCUCGUAG